GUGCCCCAUGUGUGGACUAACAGUUUGGUGUUUGGACGCUAAGCUCAGCCAACAUCAUCAGGAAUCAGCCCCUUAAGAAUUCUGUCCCACCCUCAAAGAGAGCACUGCGGUCGUCUACUCUUCUCUCCAUCAUCUACUUCAGCCUCUCCACUGACUUUACGGAAGAUCUCCCUCACAAACUUGGAAGAUAAGGAGCCUCAAGUUGAUCAGAAAGAAUCUUCCAGACAUCUUCCCUCUCUCAGGAUAAACAGGUGAGCUACAAAAUGAUCAUCAGAUGUGGAAAAGUUAAAGCUCUUACAGGUUUAAGUCUCUAUGGGUUAACACGAUGAGCAUCAAGGAAGAUUUAGGAAGAAAUGAUGUUUUGUAGAGAUUGGGGUGAUGGAUUGAGAGGCCCAGGGUGUUAAGACCCUCUCCUGUCCUGGCAGGUACUGUUGUCCCCCUACUUGCUCUGACUUUCUCCCUCUCCCUCAUAACUCUCAUCAGAGACAAAUAUUUCCAAACAAAGAGCAGCUCUGGAGAGCUUAAAACAUCAUCAACAGCCUCCAGCUAUGUGCUCAGACUGAAUGAGGGGUUUGAGGAGUUUUUCUGUCUCUGUGGUGUCUUUAUCUUAUGGGCACAGGGGGUAAAAUUUUGAUUUCAUGCCAUCCAAGUAUUGCUUGUCUUUAAAAAGAAAUGACAGAAUAAACAUGAGAUGAGGCUGAUACAACUUUCCAAUCCAGGCUGCUGCUUAAUACACUAAACUUGAUAUACUGAAUGUUAAAAAUACAAAUGAAAGCGAAUGUAUCAGGUAAGACUUAAUGAAAUCUUUGAAAAACUGAGAAAUUAAACUCCAGAAAGUGUCUUCAUUUGUUUGUGCGCCUACAUAAACAUGCCUUACACACAAACUCUCAGACAGAGAAAGACGUUAAAUUUAGCAGAGUGGUGUUGUUGUGUUUUUAACUUAUGGCGCUCUAACACCAAACUUAACAGGUAUAAUGAUGUCUCAACUAUCACAACAGCCUUAAAAAGCUUUAGUGGAAUCAUUCGGUGAAAUGAAACAAGCCAAAUAUCUGAUCCACCAUCGUCAGGGUAUCCGGGAAUCUGAAUCAGGAGUGUGUUAGUCAGAAUUUGCGUCCAUGGUGCAUCUUGCAGCUGUCCCAUCUGACGGUACCAGUGUAAUGCAACUAAACAAUAGAUCAUAACAAGGCUGCAGGUCUGUGUACAAUAGUGGGCAGAUGAAGAGCCAUUUAAGGUAGCAGGGAGCACAACGGCUUGCCAGGUUUGGCUGCUGUGACUGAUGUAUGGCAGUUGAGGUCCAUGCUGGACCUUUGGUGGUUGCAACAGGUGACUCACAUGAGUGGGAAGUAUUCGUCCCCUCAUCCCGCAUCAGAUCCACUCUGUAUGUCACUCUAUACCUACCUCACCCUUCCUCUGAGCCAGUAAUGCUAAACUUAAAUACGCUCAUCCUUGAUUGUAAUCCUGGCACUCAUGGGAAUGGUUUGCACGACGCGCGCCAUCCCUGCAAGUCCAGAACAUAAACAGCUGCUGCAUACUGGGACUGACCUUUAACCUUGGUCAACAUUCAGGCUCGAAAUCCAUAAUUUAAAUUCAUGUCCCAUAAGAUGAUACAAUGAAAGUUGUUCCGAUCAGACAGAAAAUCCUUUUUUAAUUCCUAUAUCAAUCACUCUGCUGAAUCUAAAUCAGCUCAUUAAACUACUUCAAACUCAGAGAGAGUAAAAAUAACAGCCCCUGAUCUAAAUAACCUCUGGCUGAGUAUGUUUGGCAUCCUGUGUGCAGCUCUGUUGAUGUCAGCUGAGACAAAUGAUAGUGUCGUGUUGGCGCAGAACAGUUGUCUGGCUGGUGUGAUAUUUUCCUAAUGCGCUCUUGUGACUGUGGAUGCAAGCUUCAGAAAAUUAGGGAGUCGCCGUUAAACGAGAAAACUACUAACAAAGUACCGAAGUCAGAUAACAAAGAAUCAAAUCAAGUUAUUAUCAGGUAAUGGUGCAUUUAUGAUUACAGAGGGAAAAAUUACAAGUCUAGCUCUAAAGAUAUAAGAUAAUAUUGAAACCUUGUCAUUGUAGGGCUGUAAUUAAAAAAAUGGACACAGACAUAGAGCAUUAAAAAUUUAUUACAUGGGCAGCAAAUAAAACCGUAAAUGCUGUAAUAAAGCUGUCCUAAACUUGUCUCUCCAGAAUAUUUUGGGAAACUCACCCUUGUCCCCUCGAGUGUGAGCCUGUGUGGCCAAAUUUGUCCCUCUAGAGCAUGUCAAAUACUGCAGACAUUUCAAGUAAAUAAAUGAGUUCCUUUCUGUGUUUUACUUUGAAACUUUACUCUAAAUCUGCUCUCACUGAAAAAUGUACUCCUUUUCCGGCAUAACUCUUGCAGCAUGGUUGUACCACAUGAUCCAAACAUGCCCCACUAGAGGGAAACAGGCCAAAAAAAUGUACACCUACUGGCUAAUUGCCUCCUGUGUUUAUGAGGACGGAGCGGACAGUGUAUUCUGGUCUUCUAUGAGGAUCCAGAGUCUGUCAAACAUGGAUUAGAGCUGAAAAGAGCAGAUAGCUGAAGGAAAGUUUCAAUCAACCCCGCCCCCUGUUGUUUCUAAUCUGGGGCUACAAGGCAGCCUGAAGGGGAACCAGACUAAUGUUGGAUGAUAAUGAAAAAAGACUGGCAGACAGACCGAGAGGACUUCUGUAUUUCAAAUCAUUUACCCGAACAGAAAGGAGAAAUUAGCUUUGAAGUUCAGUUUUCUAUUCUGAGCAUUAAAUAUAACAGCUACGAAUUUAAAAAUAUAUUCAAUAUGAAUCAUAGGGACACUAAUCUAAACUAAAAAAUGCUCUGUGUGCCAUCAUACAACAACUAAACCAUCUUUCCAGUGAAAUAAAUUUCUAUCCAAGGGGUGGCAUCAGCCUGAAGUGCUGCCUCAGUCCUAACGCCUCUUGAAAUGAACUCAUUACCCUCUAAGGCAACAGUGAGGCUGGUCUAACAGACCUGAGGAUUAAUUGUUGCGUGGCAGCAUGGAUAAAACAUGUAGCAUUUUAUUCAUGUUGCUCUGCAGCAGCCGUCACUGCACAGCAAUGCUGUUUCAUAACUGCUAUUUCUUUAUGUACUCCUCGGAGCUUACUGGCUGCUGUCCAGAUCUACUCAGUGUCACUGCAUGCACGCCGGUCUGUAAGUUAUAUUAUAGCAACAUUCAGUCCAACACUUGGGUGGUGGAACGAUUGGCAAACAGAGAAUAAUUUUUCUUUUUUUUUUUUACAGUAUCUCUACUUUAAAUAGGCUACACUGUAUUUCCACAGGAAUAUGUAACUUGCCAACACUUUCCCUUGCUGCAGUAACAGAUGCACAUCCACAUUAUGAACUAAUAUGGCAAAUAUGAUGAUCAGCAGGAGAACAUCUGCAGCAACCCUGUUCAUCACCAGACUUAGACAUUACAGAACCGAUAUGAUAGACAGCUAAGAGCAUAAAGUGAUUUUACGGAGUCGAAGUUUACUGGAGAAGUCUGACAACAACCUCUCUGCCCCUCCACUUCCCCACUCUUUAUGAUACCUUGUUCCUUUUGUCUUUCGGAAACCAUAUUGUUCGAAAUUACUUCCUCUGAGAACAGGAAGAGGGAGUCGCGGUUAGGAGACAAAGACUCACAACGCUGCGUUUCCACAGCUGAUCCAUACUCUCUUAGACGUCUGUUCAUUUCCACCACUUUGUGUGAAUACCAGGUUGUUUACUGUGAGCGUUUGUUCCUUGACCAACCACAAUACUACACUGGUGGUGGAAAUUACACUGAAAUAAAUAUUUAAUUGUGAUAUUUGGCUGCUUUUGGUUUUCUGAUGUAACUCCUCAAUAUUUAAAGUGAACAGAUUUACUAAGCACUUAACUAAAUGUAUUUUACAAGUAAAGUUUCUACUUUCAUUAUAGAUUUCUAUUUUAUAAACUGCUUUACAUCUGAGCCACCCUACCAGGAUGGUUUAGAUGCACUUUGGUCCAAACUAAUUAACUAAAGGGAUGACACUUUGCCUCAACAUUUAUGGUCCUCAGAGGAUGAAUCCUACUUACAAAAUUUUCAUCUGCGUUUUCAAAUAAAUGAAGCUCAAAAUAUUCCAGUCCCCCUCAGUUCAGGAUAGCUUAUCAAAAUUGUCUUGUAGCCAUCAAUAAUUUUCUUUUAUCCUUUAAUGACUGGAUAACAACAAGGACCUAGCUUAAAAUGUACUGCACAUGGUUUUUGUACGCUGCCUCAUACAUAUAACGUAAAUUCAAGUAUGUUAACAUGUUAAAUGAAAAAAAUAAAAACAAUUAGUUUAAAAUGAACGAGUUAGCCAUGUUAAUAUCGGCAUGUUAGCAUGCUUUAGCGCCUGACGGCUCUGAGCUAAAUGCUCAAUCAUUGCUGCAAGUUUGUAAAAAUUCAUAGACUGAGCUGAUCCAAAUCAACAACACAAAACAACAUCAUUCCCUCAUUUUAGCAGAUGGAGGGAUGGUCGCACCAUUAAAUUCACAAACACGUCAAAUGAAUCUUUCUUAAACAUAGCUCCAAUUGUUAUAGUUUGUUCUUGUUAUGCUGAUUUAUAUCCAAGUGCUUUACUGUAUUUAAAUUGGUUAUUUGAUUUUAAUACAAGAGGAAGAUGUAACAUCAUGAUUGACAGCUCUGUUGACAAAUGUCAGCAUCAAAUCAACACAACAGUUUUUUUCUGUGGUGGACUGAACCCACAACAGUCAUGCUGUCAGUCAGGUCACUUCUUCACAUGCACUGACUGCGCCAUUGCUAAACGAUGGCGCCAUAGACUGUAUGUAGUAUAUACAUCCAUAUAUCUAUGGAUGUAUAUACUAUAUAUUGGGGUGGUCUUUUGGCUUCAUCUCUACAAUGGUUGGGAAUGAAGUGAUGUUGUUCAUUCUUCAUAAAAUCAAUGGGUUAAAUCAGAGUAGUUGCAAAUUUUGGAUGUCCAAGUUAGUGUGGAGCAGCUGGCAACCCCAAUAAGUGAUAAGAUGAUCCAAUAGUUGUACUUUCAUGACUUCCUGUGAAAAAUUAAAGUAGUGCUACUUUUUAUGAUAAAAGAUUUUGAAAGCAAUAUCAGGCGUAACAGAUAUCGUUUCAAAGAAGGACCUUUGUUUCCUACCACCAUGACAUACUAGGAUUUAUGAUCAUUUCAAACACCUGGAGGCAUUUCAUGAUACAGAUUUUAAAUGAUAAAACAACUAUCUAAGGUUUAAAUUAGUCUUAUAAGAAAGAUGUAUCAUGAGCAGGGUCUGAUCAGGUGACUGAAGUCUGCUGUCAGUGUUAACUGGUAAGAGCAUGGCUGUUGUAACAUGUACCUCCUGCCAUUGUCCUCUCUGGACUUUACUCCCUUCCUCCUCCACUGAACUCUGCCUGUUUGUGAUUUACUUCCUGUAAAGAUCAUCAACUUUUACUGAGGAGGGCUUUCAGCCAGCUCCUUGAGUUGGAUCCAUUUUACUGACUGAUGAUCCAGUGUGAGACCAGUCUGACGUUGCUGGGUAUUAAGUCCACAGUGGAAAACAAGUGUCAGUCCACACACUCCCACAUGUUGUCAAGUGGGUGCUUUGUAUCCUGCCUCUCCCUGCUUUACAGAUAAAGAGCACAGGGCUCUGAUUUCUCAUCUUUUUACCUUAUAUAUACUCAACCGAGGCGCUGAGAGAGGGGGAGAGACGGACAGAGGGACACAUGGUCAUGGUCAUUUGGACUGACUCUCUCUCUCUCUCUCUUGUGCAUAACCGGUGUCAGUGUCAGCCAGGCAUUAAAAGCCCUCCACAGUGGACUGCAAAAUGGAAGUAACUUCUAACAGAAGUGACCGCUCAUGGAUCACACUUGAGGAAAGAUGAGGGAUGGUAAGAAGGAAUUUUACCUCCUUGUUUGGCUUUUUUAACAGGCAGUGAUUGUGGAGAUUAUACUGUAUAUUCUACCUGGCUCACCGUUGAAAUAACAGUUUGUGUUAACGCACAGCUUCUGAGGAAUGUGUACGUUUUCUGGAUCCUAAAGGGGCACCGGCUUCAGACUCGUGACGUGUUGGAAAAUGCCUGUCAAAGUGUUACUUUCAGCCAUUCUUCUUGAAUGCUAUAACUCACAGGCUUUGAUGUCUAAUUGCAUAGUAAAAGCUGACAGCAGGCAUACUUAGAUACACAGCGCGUAUAGAUGUUGGAGGUCAUCCCCUGAUGGAGAUUGAUGGGUUUUCUUACCCUCACAGUGACAGGGGUCAUUUAUUGCACUUAUAAAGCUGUCUGGUGAACCGCCCUUAUAGGGUCUGCCUUGGCCGAGACUUUCCGGCCUCUUACUGCCAUGUUUGGGUCUCUCUAAUGCUGCAGUCAAGAGGUGAAGAGAUGGAGAGAUGUGAUUGACAGAUAGGUCCAGAUUAGCAGCAUGUAGGAUGGUUUUCUUUUCUUUUUGCAGAGAAGGGGGAGGACAUGAAAGCAGCCUUUCUGUCACCGCGAGUGAAGCACGCUGGUGAUGGUCCAGAGGCAAGAUGGGGACUGUGGGGCUCAGGCCAGGUCACACAGUAUUGAAAGGACAGAGUCUCCUAGCUUUGACUUGCCCUGUGGUGGCCUGUUUGCCUCUCUGUCUGUUUGUCAUACAUAAAAAGGAGCUGGACAUGGGGAAUGUAAACACACAGAACAAAAUAUUGUGAUAUUUUUUCUUAAAACGACCUCUGUAUUUACUUUGACGUGACUCCUGAACUUCCUCUCCUCUCUCUCCCUCUCUGAGCGUCUCUCUUUCUCUGGGAAAAUGGUUGUUCUCAUGCCAACAUCCAGUCCUCAAGCAAUUCACAGACAGAGCGGCUAUUUUUAUGAUGCCACGCUAACACCCAGGUCAUUUCAUCAUCAGAGGACCUACAGUUGACUGUGUUUCUCUUCUUUGUCUUUUUUUCCCUCCUCUCUUUUCCUUCCAUCUCAGCGCCCUCACCUUUUCACCCCUAGCUCCACCCUCCCUCUCUACUCUUCUUGUCUCAGGUGUGUUUUUGACCUGUGAGCAGCGAUGGGGGACUGGAGUCUUCUGGGGAAUUUCCUUGAAGAGGUCCAAGAACACUCGACCUCAGUUGGGAAGGUCUGGCUCACCGUCCUCUUCAUCUUUCGUAUCCUGGUGCUGGGCACAGCGGCUGAGUCAUCCUGGGGCGACGAGCAGAGCGACUUCAUGUGCGACACCCAACAACCCGGUUGUACCAACGUGUGUUACGACAGCGCCUUCCCCAUCGCCCACAUACGCUACUGGGUGCUGCAGAUUGUUUUUGUCUCCACGCCUUCACUCAUCUACAUGGGCCAUGCUAUGCACACAGUGCGCAGGGAGGAGAAGGAGCGGAGGAGAGAGCAGGAGGAGAGGGAGGCCAGAGGGGAAAACGGAGGAGACCUGGAGGCGGAGAAGGAGUAUCUGCAGCAGAAGGAGAGUGCCAGAGUUACGAGUGAUGGGGGCAGUCGUGUUCACCUGAAAGGAGCGCUGCUGCAAACGUACAUGCUGAGCAUCAUGAUCCGCCUAGUGAUGGAGGUCACAUUCAUUGUGGUGCAGUAUCUGAUUUACGGGAUCUUCCUGAAAGCGUUGUACCACUGCAAGGAAUGGCCCUGCCCAAACCCAGUCAACUGCUACAUGUCCAGACCCACAGAGAAGAACGUCUUCAUCAUCUUCAUGCUGGUGGUGGCCGGUGUGUCUCUUUUCCUCUCUGUGCUGGAGCUCUACCACCUCGGCUAUAAGAGCAUCAGGAGGUAUGUUCGCGAAAAAGGGGCAAAGAAGAGCAGCCACAGAUCAGUGACGGUGGCUGUGUCUGCAGCCCUGGAGCCCAACAGCCCCCCUCGGCCCUCAGCCUCCUGCACCCCACCUCCAGACUUCAGCCAGUGCCUGACAGCCCCGAGCUCCAUGACGCCCAUGGCCUCAAUGGCCUCUCAUCCUUUCAACAACAGGAUGGCGCACCAGCAGAACUCAGUCAACUUAGCCACUGAACGGCACCACAGCUGCGAUAACCUGGAGGACGAGGAGGACUUCCUGAGGAUGAGAUACGACCAGAUGCCCACAGAGCUGCCCAACACCUGCUCGCAGUCACCACUGCUGCACACCGGCUUUGUGAGGGAGAAACGCCGCCUGAGCAAGACCAGUGGGAGCAGCAGCCGUGCUCGACAAGAUGACCUUGCAGUUUAGACUCAUGAUGAGUAGGCGUGUCCGUUAAGGGAUGAGGAGAUCAGUAAAGGAGGCCCAAAGAUGUGUCUGAUCGUGGCUACAAAGACUAUACAUGCAAACUUUAAUACUGAAGCCAGACACCGGACUCUUUCACCUCAGAGAGAAACACUGUGAUCUGUCUGUGGACUAUGCACACAUUACAUGCAAGAACUCUGAGAACAAAUGAAGUGUCCAAGAGCUUGAAAAUCAAACAACCAAACUGCAAAAAGAAAAAUAAUUUUAAGAUGAGAACAGGGUAACAGGUUUGACACCUGGCUAUUGCACAAGAGUUGAAGCCAAAGAACGAGAAAGGCAACAACAGUGAAUGAGGAAAUGUGACAAAAGCUCUCAUUUAUGCUGUCAGCUGACCAUUUUUCUUCCCUUCACAAACACACAUCCAUAAAUGAGACAAAUCAGGGACUAAAUAUGCAGUAUUUUUAAAUGAAUCAAGGUAAAGUGCCUUAAAAAAGAAGUAAGAAUUUAUUUUAUAUGAAACAGACUUUCCAAAAACCAUGGGGAAAAACUGCAAAUUAUUUUCCAAAUCCAGCUUUUAACUUUUCAGACCACUGUGACAGGUCAAACAGCCAUAAAAUGUAGCUCAGCAGUGAUCUAAGAGACGACCUGUAUGCAGAGGUUGUGUAUCAAAGAGGGAGAGAGAUGUGCAGCAGUGAUGAGAGAAUGUUGUCUGUGUCAGGAUUUUCCUUUUGAAAGGGAUUCAAGGGAAAAGAAAAAACAAGCUCCUGUGAGGAUGCUGUUAUGAGGAGAUUUGGCCACUGGGUGGCAGCAUUGCACUUACAUUUUUUUCUAGUUUCUCUGUAUCGCCGUUGUGUAAAUACUCCAAAUGUGUCCCUAUGUAAUGUAUCAGUGUAUGAUUUUUUUUUCUUUCAUUUCUUGUCUUUUUCUCUGUAUGUGCAUAAUAACACAACAUGUAAUGUGUGAACAGUUUCAACAUGAGCAUCCACUACCACUGGGUUUUUAUUUAUUCUACAGCAAAUGUUAACCAAAGUCCUGUAUAGUCAUGGUAGGUUUUCUUUCUUUCUUUCUUUCUUUCUUUCUUUCUUUCUUUCUUUCUUUCUUUCUUUCACAGAGACCUUUAUGCAACAAAUUUCAACACAAUCCAUGAACGAGCUAUUAAAAAUCCUCAACUGUACAAUCUCA